GUUAAGAAAGCGUUUCGGCAGAAGGCCCUGACUUGUCACCCGGAUAAGAACCCAGACAAUCCCAGAGCAGCGGAAGUCUUCCACCAGCUGUCGCAGGCCUUAGCCGUGUUAACAGAUGCAGCAGCGAGGGUGGCAUAUGACAGAGUGAGAAAAGCGAGGAAGCAAGCAGCAGAAAGGACACACAAACUCGACGAGAAGCGAAAGAAAGUAAAGCUUGAUCUUGAAGCCAGAGAACGAGAAGCCCAGACCCGUGAGGGUGAAGAGGAGGACAUCAGGAUAACAAGAUCAUUAGAACAAGAAAUUAUACGCCUGCGUGAAGAAGGCUCCCGUCAGCUUGAGGAGCAGCAGAGACUCAUUCAAGAACAGAUCCGGCUUGAAAGAGAGCAGCACAUCCGAGGCAAGCAAACAAGGAAUGGAGCAGAAGGCAGAAUAACUCCCAAACUCAAACUAAAAUGGAAAUGCGCGCAGGAAGAUGAGACGAGGGGGGGAUACUCGAAGGACGUUCUGUUGCGGAUCCUGCAAAAGUAUGGCGAUGUGCUCAAUUUGUUGAUCUCCAGUAGGAAGACUGGGAGUGCAGUGGUGGAAUUUGCUACGGUUAAGGCGGCUGAGAUGGCUGUGAAGAACGAAGUUGGCCUGAUAAAUAAUCCUCUAAAGAUUUCCUGGCUGGAGGGCCAGCCCCGGAUCAAUCCCAGCACUGUCCUUCCUGGCAGCAGUAGCCAGCCUAGCACUUCACAGGCAUCGGUGGUAUCGGAACGGGAUUAUGAGAGCCUGGUGAUGAUGCGGAUGCGCCAGGCAGCGGAGAGGCAGCAGCUUAUUGAACAGCUCAAGUGGGAAGAUGAGGAGGAGUCUCACACAUAGCCCGAGCGAGUAUGGGUUCCCCCCACCCCGUCAUUCUUCAUUUCCAAAGCUGUUUCUUAAUUUAAGUCAAUAAACCUCCUUUUUU